UAUUCCAGCCCUCAGCCUUCUCCCCUAAUACACCAGUUCCCAGCUCCCCUACACCUCCUGUUCUUCUCUCAUAUUGCAAAGGUUGCAUUUUAUUUAUUCAGUUUUGUAUUUAUCAUGUUUUUAAUACAAUGUUGUAUUUUAGAAUCCCAGGACAUAUCUUCAAAUCUUGGAGCCUACGGGAGAGGACAACUACGGGAUGAAUUAUACCGUAAGAUAUGAUAAAAUGGCUUAACUUGUGUCAUGGUUUUGGGUGAUUCUGUUGAUUGCUGUUUGGUUGUAUCCUUUAGAGUGUUGACCCUUCUGUGUCUUUCUUGUGCUUCUGAAGCUUCCAAUAAACCUUCCCGUAUCCACCCAGUAUGUGUGCUUUCCCUAAUGUUCCGACACAGUAAUGAUCAAAGAUUCAUUGGCUACUUUUGUUGCAGGGUUGGCACCGUAAAGAUCAAAUGGAUGUGUCUGUGACCAUCGUAAAGGAGAUAGAGAAAAAAGAAAUCCUUCAAGAAGUUGAAGUCCUUGAACUGAUCAGAGGCCAUGAAAACAUCAUUGGCUACUAUGGGGCUUAUUACCAUCGUACCUCUGUAAAGAAGCCCCACUAUGAAGGACUGUGGGGCCUGUGUCAUCUGGAAAACAAAAAGGUCAUCCAUCACAACCUGCGGCCCCAGAAUAUUAUCUUGACAACAUCAGCAGAUGUAAAGAUCAGUAAGUGAUGCUUAGAAUCUGAAGAAACGGAUUUGUCCAUAUUUUUUAUUGGUUAUAUUUAUAAAUGAACAUUACAAUUCCUGUUUUUGUCAUACAAUUUCAGGUGAUUUCAGCUCUGCCA